UACCACUUACCGUCGUCGUGGAGGAAAGCUGGUAUUUUGAAAUUUACCGGAGGCAUGACAUUUUAAAAUAUCCUGCCUAGAUUUAAUGAUUUUGAUUUGUAUAGAAUAUUAAUAAAAAAUGCCACUGCUUUCGAAAAAUGGUGAUUUUUCUAUUAUGUAACAACUGAGUAGUGCUGAAACUGGCGGACGACUUUCAAAAGAGAAAUGUUUCGUCGAGUAGUUAAAUGGGGUGUAGCUACAGGUCUGGCUGGUUUGACUCUUGCUUCAUUACAUGACAAUCGAUGGGAAGUUUCUACUAUAGGAUUUCUGAGAUUUGGCCGUGCUGCUGUGACGGUUGGAAAAAUUGCUGCUGACUAUAAAAUAAGUUUAAAAGGACUAGACAUAAACAGUGAAGAAUAUGCAGAUGCAAAAUCUGAGGUUCACUUUCGAUCAGCAAGAAAAUUGCUAGAUUUAUGCUGUAAGAAUGGUGGAGCAUUCAUCAAAGUUGGGCAGCACAUAGGAGCUUUAAAUUAUUUAUUACCUUACGAGUAUGUUUCAACAUUAAAAGUUUUACAUAAUAAAGCUCCAAAGGCUUCAAUAGAAGAUGUUUUACAUGUUGUUAAAGAAGACUUAGGAAAUGAUGCUAAUCAAAUAUUUAAAAGUUUUGAAUCAGAACCAAUUGGUGCUGCCUCUUUAGCACAAGUGCAUUUGGCUACCUUAGAAGAUGACACUCCAGUUGCGGUCAAGGUGCAGCACAGAAAUGUUCAAGCACAUGCUAGAGUGGACAUGGCAACAAUGGAGUUGUUGGUUAAUAUAGUCGCAUGGCUGUUUCCAGAAUUCUCUUUCAUGUGGCUAGCUGAAGAGACAAAACGAAAUCUACCUCUUGAAUUAGAUUUCAUCCAUGAAGGUCAAAAUGCUGAACGAGUGCACAGAAUGUUUUCUUCUCUUCCCUGGUUGAAAAUCCCAAAAAUUUACUGGGAUUUGUCAACUAAGAGGGUCUUGACAAUGGAGUACUGUGAAGGUGGCCAAGUGGAUGAUCAUCAAUACAUAAAGGAACAUAAUAUUUCUGCCUCUGAAGUAUCUAGAAAAUUAGGGGAACUUUAUAGCCAAAUGAUAUUUGUAAAUGGAUAUGUGCAUUGUGAUCCUCACCCAGGCAACAUACUUGUUCAUAAAGAUGAAAAAUCUAAAGAAAUCCAAAUUGUCCUGUUGGAUCAUGGACUUUAUGUGGAUCUAACAGAUCAGUUCCGAGUGAACUAUAGCAAUAUGUGGCUGGCUCUUAUGAAGGCAGAUGUAAAAGGUGUAGAAUACUGGGGACGUAAACUUGGAGUUGGAGAUCUGUAUGGUCUUUUGGCAUGUAUGAUAACUGCUCGUUCCUGGAGGGCUGUUACUGAGGGCAUUGAAAAGCAUGGUGUUUCAUCUGAAGAAAAGCAAGAAAUUAGAAGUAAUGCUGCCAACUACCUUACUGAAAUUACUGUUGUUUUAAGUAAAGUUCCACGAGAAAUGCUACUUAUCUUUAAAACCAAUGAUCUUUUGAGAGGCAUUGAAGGUUCUCUUGGUGUCAAAGGAGCUGCGGGUUCAUUUAUUGCUAUGUCCAAAUGCUGUAUCAAAGCUCUAUAUAAUGAGAAAAUGAAGCAAUGUCAUACUUAUUUUGGUACCUUGAAACUUUUCUUUACAAAAUCAGUUGCUUAUACAAGAAUAUUUCUUUAUCAGUAUUAUUUGUGGUUUAUUAAUCUUAGCAUUAUUUCAAAAUUUAGUAUACAUUCUUAAUUUAUAUCUCAUAUAUUUUAAUUCCACAACAUUUUAAAAUAUGUAUUAUAUUCAUAAUUUAUUUAUUUAUUGUAUAUUUAUUUGUUAUUAACAUUUUAAUUUAUGUGGGUAUGGUAUGAAAGACUGAAUUACUGUGUGAGGUAUUGCCCUUGUGUAGAUCAAAAGCUGAAAUAUUUUCUGAUAAACUAAUUUAUAUAUCAUAAUUUUGAGAAAUGUAACCAUGGAAUAAUUUUUGCCAAUAACCUUACUGAAUUUUGUGUGUUAGUAAUUGUUUAUUUUUUCAAGCCUUUUUUAUUUGAUUUAAUUGAGUGAUGUUCUAAAUACUUCAAUGUAGAGCAAUACAGUUUGCUCUAAUAUUAGAUGAAAUGUAGAAUUCCAAAAUUUUAUUAAACAAAAAUUAUGAUUUUGCAUUCAUGCUGAAUGCCAAGCAGCAAUAUAAAAUAUCAUUUUGCUUUAUAUCUCUGGGAGGUGCAUUAGUACUUAUAUCUUUCAAAUACCAAUGAAGAUUUGCCAAAUCUUCUAUGAGAUUAGAGAAAAUUAUUAUUAUAUAAUAAAUAAUUUUUUUAUAUAUAUCCUAAAUAUAGUGUAAACAGAUUUUAAAUAUUUAGAUGGAAAAUACCUUUCUAUGAUUGAGAAUUUGUUACUUUCUAUCAUUUUUUUCUCUUUGGCUAUCAUCUGUUAUAACAGCGCUGUUCUCAAAUCAUUGAAUUCUAUAUUUAACAUUGAUUUCAUUCUAUAUUUAAUAUAAAAAACAUUGAUUUUAUUCUUUUAUAUUGCAUGUGAAUGUUUAAAAAUGAAAUAUAUACACAAACGCCUUAAUUACAAAAUUGAAUUGUGAACUCAAAUUUGAUUGAUUUGUAACAUCCGUAUCCUAAUUUGUACUCGUGUUUUACAUAUUUUAUUUUA